GCGGUUUGGGGAUUCUCUGUAACGGCGUUUUCUUCACACCUGGAUUCCCUAGAGAGAGAGAGAGAGAGAGUGCGUGAAGAGUGUGAGGGUUUUUUAGAGAGAGAAGUGAGAGAGGCAGAAGCGGUUUUGCGAGCAGAGAUGGUGGUAUUGUAACGGUUGCAGAGAGAGGGGAUUGGUGGUUUUGCGUAACGGUUUUUCGAUCAGCGAGAAAAAGCGGUUGUGCUUGUGGUGGUGGGAGCUCUGUGAUUAAAAUCGUAUUAACGGCUGAUUAAGAGUCAUUAUUGGUCGUUUUAUUAUGCUUAAUUAUAAGUAUACAUUCAGCUCAACUUUGUCUGCUUAGACCCAGAGAGAGACAGAUAGAGGGAGAGAGAUAGAGAGAUAGAGAGAGAACGAGAGGGAGAGGGAGAAGGAGAGAGAACCGAGAGAUUAUCUGAGCUUUGUUGGGGCAUUUUUGGAAUUUGCUGACUCAGGAGAGUUCGAGUUUCAGCGAUGGCGAAUCGAGAAGGGGGCGUUUGUUUUGCAGGUGGUGAUCUGUAUCCGGAGCUAUGGAAGGCCUGUGCGGGCCCACUCGUUGAAGUCCCUCGCAGCAACGAGAGAGUCUUCUACUUUCCACAGGGGCACAUGGAACAGUUGGAGGCAUCAUCACCAACAAAUAAGGAACUGAAUCAGGAGAUUCCUCAGUUUAAUCUUCCCUCAAAGAUUCUCUGUCGCGUCCUUAACAUUAACCUCAUGGCUGAACAAGAAACAGACGAGGUUUACGCACAGAUUACUUUACUACCCGACACAAAUCAAGCCGAGCCUACUAGCCCUGAUCCGAGUCUUCCUGAACCUCAAAGAUCUACAGUUCACUCAUUCUGCAAGAUCUUAACUGCUUCAGAUACAAGUACCCAUGGUGGCUUUUCUGUUCUACGGAAACAUGCCACUGAAUGUCUUCCUCCACUGGACAUGACCCAGGCAACCCCAACUCAGGAAUUGGUUGCCAGGGAUCUUCAUGGUUAUGAAUGGCGGUUUAAGCAUAUUUUCAGAGGUCAGCCGCGUAGGCACUUGCUUACAACAGGAUGGAGCACUUUUGUUACUUCUAAGAGGUUAAGUGCCGGGGAUUCCUUUGUUUUUCUCAGAGGGGGCAAUGGGGAGUUGCGUGUUGGAGUUCGGCGUCUUGCUCGUCAGCAGAGCAGCAUGCCAUCAUCUGUGAUCUCAAGUCAAAGCAUGCAUGUAGGGGUGCUUGCAACUGCAACCCAUGCUGUUGCAACCCAAACUCUCUUUGUAGUCUAUUAUAAGCCAAGGACGAGCCAGUUCAUUAUCGGCUUAAAUAAGUAUCUGGAGGCCGUCAACAACAAGUUUUCCGUCGGCAUGAGAUUCAAGAUGAGGUUUGAGGGGGAGGAUGCUCCUGAGAGAAGGUUUUCGGGCACAAUAAUUGGUCUGGAAGAUAUAUCUUCUCAUUGGUCACAUUCAAAAUGGCGGUCACUUAAAGUUCAUUGGGAUGAGUCUGCAUCAGUUCCAAGGCCUGAUAGGGUAUCUCCUUGGGAGAUAGAACCUUUUGUGGCUUCUAUACCUGCAAGUGUUCCUCAACCAUCUGCAGUGAAGAACAAACGGCCUCGACCAGCUGCUGAAAUUCCAGCCCUCGAUGCUACGAGUUCAACUGCACCAGCUCUCUGGAAUUCUGGGUUGACGCAGUCUCAUGACAUGUCACCACCGAGUGUUGCUACUGAAGGCAAAAGAAGUGAAAACCAUGCUCUAUGGCAUCAUCAACAGGCAGACGUGAUCAGCAAUAACAACUCUAUCUCAAGGACUCAGACUGAUGGGGGAUGGCUAUCUCAGACAGGUGGUUCUAAGCUUAUGUUUCAGGAUGCAAUGGACGAUACUAAAUUUUUUUCUGCUGGCACUGUUUUCUCUGGAUAUUCAACUCCAAACUCAUCAAAGCUGAAAAAUGACUCAAUGUGUGACCAUGUUGAAAAUGUGAAGAAAACUGAGACAGCCACUAGUUGCCGAAUUUUUGGUAUAGAGUUUUUUAAUCAUUCUGCAAGCUCCCCAUCUAUGGAGAAGACACCUCUACAACCAAUCAGUGCAUCUACUGGAACCACUGAAGGACGUGUUAGUAACUCGUUGGCAGCUGAGUCAGACCAGAAAUCUGACGUUUCAAAGGCUUCUAAAGAAAGCAAACCUGGACAGUUGCAAGUAUCCUUGAAAGAGACACAGGCCAAGCAGAGUUGCUCCACAUCCACCAGAAGUCGCACCAAGGUUCAAAUGCAGGGGAUGGCUGUUGGCCGAGCAGUGGACUUGACAAUAUUGGAAGGAUAUGACCAGCUUAUAGAUGAACUGGAGGAGAUGUUUGAUAUCAAGGGACAGAUUCACCCCGGUAACAUAUGGCAGAUUGUCUUUACUGAUAAUGAAGGAGACAUGAUGCUUAUGGGUGACGACCCGUGGGCGGAAUUCUGUGACAUGGUGAAGAGAAUCUUCAUAUGUUCAAGUCAGGACGUGAAGAAAAUUAGUGCAGGGUGCAAACUUCCAUUGUCUUCGCUAGAAGUUGAAGGAACCGUAACAAGCUCGGACUAACAUCUCAAUGGCUGGUUGUUCCUUUUUCGUUGUCUCUUUUGUUUCGUUCGAUUUUUGGGGCAUGUCUUUUGGUUGUUUGUUUGUGGAGGAGAGACUUAAUUUUGGGCAAAGGGAAGAAGAAGUUGGGAAGUUGGAAGAAGGAAAGAGGACGUCGGCUAAUUGAUAGCUCGUUUUUUAGAGCUAACUCUAGACAUUUGACUGGAAACUAAAAGAGGCCUAAUGCAGCAGCAGCAUCUGUUUGGUAGUGGGUAGGAUUUAGAAUCUGUGAAUACUUAAAAGCUAUUUGUGGUGCAGUUGGGUUUGGGGUUUGGGGUUUUGGGAUGGGGAGUCUUUGUUCCAUGUUGUUGUUGUUGUAAAUAUUUAUGUACCUGUUUACUUUGGCAGUGUAAUCUUUUGGACGUUAGUGAGUGACAGUAUGCAGUAUGCAAUCUUCUGUUGCUGUGUUUAGAUUUGAAUGA